AUGUCGCUCAACAAGACUCUCACUCUCAACGACGGCAACAAAAUCCCCCAGAUUGGUCUCGGCACCUGGCUCUCCAAGCCCGGAGAGGUCGCAAACGCCGUCGAAGUCGCCAUCAAGGCUGGCUAUCGUCACAUUGACUGUGCACUCAUCUACCAAAAUUCAACCGAGGUUGGCGAAGCGUUUAAGAAGACGAUCCCAUCAGUGGUCAAGCGCGAAGAUCUCUUCGUCACGUCGAAGCUUUGGAACAAUGCUCACAAGCCUGAGCUUGUCGAGGCGGCCUAUAACGAGACAUUGCAGGAGCUCGGACUCGAAUACCUCGAUCUGUAUCUGAUCCACUGGCCUGUAGCCUUCAAGGACGGCAAGGACCUCGUCCCCAAGUCGGAGGACGGCAAGCAGGCCGCACUCGACCGCCAGACCUCGAUCGUCGACACGUGGAAGGCUCUCGUCAAGCUGCAGAAGGAGGGCAAGGUCAAGUCGAUCGGUGUCUCGAAUUUCACCACCGAUGACCUGGACGCCGUCAUCAACGCGACCGGUGUCACUCCCGCCGUCAACCAGAUCGAGGCUCACCCCUUGCUGCCCCAGGACGACCUUGUCGCCUACGCUAAGUCGAAGAACAUCCACCUGACCGCAUACUCCCCGCUCGGCAACAACCUCAAUGGUAAGACUAAGAUUGUGGAUUACCCUCAGGUCAGCGAGGUCGCCAAGAAGUACAACGCCGACCCUGCUCAGGUUCUUGUCGCUUGGGGUGUCAAGAGGGGCUACAGUGUCAUUCCCAAGAGUGUCACCGAGUCGAGGAUCAAGAGCAACUUCGACCAGCUCGAACUCAAGGACGAGGACUACGAGAAGGUCACCAGCCUCUACAAGGAGCUCGGCAAGGUCCGCUUCAAUGUCCCAAAAACAUAUGUUCCGUUCUGGGACAUCGAUAUCUUUGGCGAGGAGGCCGAACAGGGCGCUACGUACAAGGUCAACCGUGGCAACUAA